CCCUCCAUCCUUGUUCGCAUCAGGAGCAGUGAACUCUCAUGAACGAACACGGAACAAGCACAGGCAUUAGAAAAACAUAAAAUCAUAAAAUCCAGUGAAUGAAGCCACGUCGUUUGAGAUGGUAGUGAAAUGCGAAUGAAGCUAUGAUAUGAACCAGGCAAGCGUAAAUCCAGUCUCGAAGGCAUGUGCCUUGUUAGCAGUUUCCAAGCUCAAAUCCCACACAUAACAUAACCCAUUAAUCAUCAUCAUCGUCAUCACCAUAGCCAUCACCCUCUGCUUCCUCAAAUCAAAGCAUCAUGGUCCAAUCGCCGAACACGCAAGUGGCGCAGUUUCUGAACUCCGUGCUCUCCCAGCGCGGCCCCUCCGCAGUGCCGUACUCGGAGGACACAAAAUGGCUGAUCCGGCAGCAUCUGGUUGCCCUGACCACAACCUUCCCUUCUCUGGAACCCAAAACGGCAACGUUCACCCACAACGACGGUCGUUCCGUUAAUCUCCUCCAAGCCGACGGAACCAUCCCCAUGACCUUCCAAGGCGUCACGUACAACAUCCCCGUUGUUAUCUGGCUCAUGGAAUCUUACCCUCGCCACCCUCCCUGCGUGUACGUCAACCCCACGCGCGACAUGAUCAUCAAACGCCCACACCCUCACGUUAACCCUUCUGGAUUCGUCUCUGUUCCUUAUUUGCAGGGUUGGAUUUACCCUAGUUCCAAUUUGGUUGAACUUGUUCUCUCUCUCAGCCACCUUUUUGCUCGUGAUCCUCCCCUUUAUUCCCAACGAAGACCUAACCCUAAUCACUCUCCCUCUCCCUCGCCCAAUUUUCCAUCUUCUUCUUCUAAUUUGUCCAAUUCUUCAUCUGGGUAUCCCCCUCCCAGGACCUACCCUCCUUCCCCUUACGCUUCCCUUGGUGCUCCUGCUUCUUCCAGGGUUCACACCGAGGACCCUGCUGAGGUCUACAAGCGCAAUGCCAUUAACAAGCUUGUGGAGAUGGUGCAUCACGAUGUUGCUGGGUUGAGGAAGACCAGGGAGGCUGAAAUGGAGGGUUUGUUCAGUUUGCAGGCGGUGCUGAAGCAGCGAGAGGAGAAUCUCAACAACGGUUUGAAGGAGAUGCAGGAGGAAAUGGAGGCUCUGGAGCAGCAGCUGCAGAUGGUGUUGAUGAACAGUGAUGUUCUCGAAGGUUGGUUGAGGGAUAACCAGGGGAAGAAGUUGGGGGGUUCGGAGAAUGUUGAGGAUGCUUUUGAGUGUGUUGAUGUGCUUUCUAAACAGAUGCUUGAGUCCACUGCUGCGGAUUUGGCUAUUGAAGACACACUAUAUGCUUUGGAUAAGGCUGUUCAGGUGGGGUCUCUGCCGUUUGAUCAGUACUUGAGGAGUGUGAGGGCACUGUCCAGGGAGCAAUUCUUUCACCGCGCCACCGCCGCCAAAGUUAGAGCUGCUCAGUUGCAGGCUCAGGUUGCGAGUAUGGCUGCUCGGAAUCAACAUUAUGGUAGCUGAGACUGACUGAGAGGAUGUGUGUAGCUUGGUUGGUUUGUGUUUGAAGAGGGUGGUUCAACUGGUCAAAUCCUUCAUUGUGGGUACAGAUUGCCAUUUUGCUUAUUCUUCACUUUGAGUCAGUCAGUGCUUGUAGCAAAUAGCAUAAAUUGGUCAGGUUACCCUGCCUUGUUCAGUAGGUUGAAAAUGCUCAUAAGAGGCGGUACCAUUGUUCUUAUACAGACUUAAUAAUAUGAUUUUCUUGAAACUUUUGGUUUUAGAAGGGGGGGUGUUGGCUUUUUUACUGUUCAGAAGUAUACAUGCUUAUGGAUCAUAGAUUUGUCCCACUUUGUAUCUUUGAACAAUGGGAAUAUUAUGAUGGAUAUAUUUAUUUUUU